AGAUGGAAACUAGGCCAGAGAGAGCCUGAAGAGAGCCUGGAGAGACACUCAUUCCCAGAUUGUCCCGUAUAUGUCAUACCUGCGAGAGACUGGGCAUUUCCGUGCAGUUUCAACAAACAAAAUAAACAUGGCGGAAGGGAGUCGGGUGUGUGAGAGAACUCAUAAAAAUUACUUAAAAACACGCAUUUCAUAACCCUAACUUAACAUGAGUAUAAGGUGGAGGAUCAUACGAUUCGUUAAGGAUGUAACUUUGGGCGCCAGUCGCCUUGUUGGUGUGACUGUCGCUCGUUUCUUCCUGUCGUGUUGCACUGUGUUCGUGAUCCUUUGGGUUGCUGUGCUGAUGUACGUGAGUUUUUACUACGCGUAUAUGCCAACGGUCAGUCACGUAAGGCCAGUCUUCCUGCUAUUCGACUCGGAGUGCGAGAAUGCGCGCCAGAAGGGGUUAUGUUCUUUUCCUGAAGCCAAUUUGUCUCUGAGUACUGGAGAACGAAUAUUGAUGAGAGGACAGCGAUACCAGGUUUUUUUGGAUCUUGAGAUGCCACUUUCUCCUGUGAAUGAAAAACUAGGAAUGUUCAUUGUAAAGGUAACCUUUUUAUCUGAUUCUGGGAAAGUUUUGGCAAGUUCAGAAAGAUCUGGUAUGCUGCACUAUCAGUCUGCACUUCUGCAGUCUCUUGCCACAGUUUUUUACUCUGUGCCGAUGGUAUUGGGUUUUGCUGAGGAAAAGCAGAUUGUGAGAAUAAACCUGUUUGAAGAAUAUGUGGAGGACUCUUAUCACCCUGCUGUUGGUGCUAAUGUCAUUGUACUCAGUAAACAAAUUGAAAUCUACUCUGCCGCCCUCAGGAUUGAAGCCCAUUUUGUUGGACUCAGGUAUAUCAUGAUUAACUGGCCCGCAACAUCAGCCUUGCUCGCCAUUACAUUCAACUUCUUCAUCAUUAGCGCGGUGUUCUUCUUUGCGUACAGCGCCUUCUCGCCCGACCCAGGCUACGAACUGUACGAAGAGGAUGCGCAGCCGGCCGCCGACCUGGACACCGUGACUGAAGAACAACAGAGAGAGCUCGCAGUCAGAAGCACGAGACGAGAAGGACCUGGUGUAGAGAACGUUAGCUCGUCAACCAGGCUGCCUAACUCUGGUAGGUUAAGGCCCAGAAAACUGCACACCCCCCGAAAACAGGCCAACGGCAUUUCCAAUGGAGGAUUGACACGAUGUGCCUCCUUUCCUUCCAGCAGGUGGGACAAGGGAGUUCCUCAAGGGGCUCCGGCUUCGGCUGAGCACCAGACAUCCUGUUCCCUCCAUAGACAUGGUCCGCGUUACCAUAGUAACGAUAAUCUGGCUGGUUCUCAGUGCUGUUCGUGUCUUGGUGGCGCUGGCGGUGGCGAUAGCGAAGGUGGCGGGAAUCCCGCGGGCCUCCAGGGUCAUCGCCCGUCUACUGACGCGAAAAUAGAUACGGAACCCUACUACGUCCUGAAUUUCCACGGAGGAAAGAUGUGGAGAAGUAGGAGGAGGAGCUCCUAUGCUGAUGGGCAUGUUGGGGUAAGAGCUGAAGAUGGGUGUGGUAUGACGAGGCAUGGUAGUGAUGGAGAUGGGUAUCUUGUCAGGCGGCAUACCUUCAGUGGUCUAAGAUCCAGGUACGCUUGGAAGAAAGGGCCAGAACCUGGCAACCUGUCCAGCAGUAGCUCAACGGAGUGCGUUCAUUCGAGAAUGAAUCAGCCACGGAAAAGAGUCAGACCGUUUCCCUUCAAUAAGUGUUAUGAUUCGGAUGUUGAGUGUGAACAUGAUGCGUACGGACGUGAUUGUGAUCACGGAUUUCACCACGAAUGCAUGGAGUGCAGUGAUUUGACUUUGGAUGGGCCCUUGAAUAGCCGGGUGCCUGAUGGUGCGGCCUCUUCGUCUGAGCGCCUUCACAAUUGGGCUCCGGGCGCUCUAAGCACGCAGGAUAGCGGCCCUAUUUCUUCAGAGCAAAGCACCAGUCGACCACUGAGCGAAACGGAUCACACAGUGUCCUCGAACAAACGAUCGGUCAACAAGACGCGUGCAAGAUUUGGACUAUCGUUCAAGAAAAUUUUGUCGAAAAAAGACGAAAAAUCUUCGUGACUUAAUCACGGAUUAUCCUGAGUAUUUAAAACCGGCGUCUCUCUCAAGUGAGCGAAGAACCCAUCGCCAGACGAAAAACAUGUUUUCUUUAGCAAAAAAAAAGAAAGAAAAAAAAAGACGUGAAAUAAUUUAUAAACUGUUGACCUCUCAUGUAUGAGAAACAUUAAGUUAAGAGGUUAUUAUUCUACCUUUCGAACGCAGCAGGCUUACCGCGUUUUUAAUCUAUUUCCUCGGUCUCGGUCUUAAGGUUUUUAAGUUACAGAUAAGACAUUCACUUUCAGAGUAUCACUUAUAAGUCGUUGCUUCCAAGAAGUAUCACUGUACGAGAAGAGGGGAUGAGGAUAGGAGAGUUGACCCCCCAUAUAGGACUUAUUUUCGAGUUUCUCUUUGCUAAGGUAUUUUUAGAUAUGGUACCCAGUUUUCCCGGAAAUCAUAGUGUUACCACGCGGGUUGCGUGGAAGUUUUUCGUGAGGAUAAAAAUGCGUGUACAUGUUUAGCUGCUUGAUCUGUACACGUGAGCAAAAUCCGAGUCACGGGAUUGGCUAUUUCCAGACCUUUUGAAGCCAGGAGUGAGCUAAACAUAGCUUGGAUUACCAAAAGAGUUUGACCUAUAUGGGGGAUUGACUCUCACCGUUCAUCCGCACUUGUGUGCGAAUGAAGUGCUGAUAGAGACAUCUGUUCUCAAUCUGCUUGUACGUCCUCUGUAUUGAAAGGAAAAAAAGCAGAUGAAAUCUUCGAUUCUUUAUUCGUAGGUGGAGAAUUUUUGAAUUAUUUAUGACCAGUCAAACUUGCAUCUGCUGUAUUAGAGUACAAGGGUGCGUCUCCUUGGGAAACUACAAGAGAAGAUUCUUAAAUGCAAGAACGGAUUUUGCGUUCCAUUACUAAACAGAUUAAUCCAACAUGGCUUGGAUCACGGUGCAUCAAAGAACCAGACAAUCCUUGCCCAGAGUGGAUCCGUUGUUUUCUUUGAUGCACCAUAAUCUGUUUAGUAAAGAAACGCAAAAUCC